AGGUCUUCUUUGACCAAGUUUCAAGUUUUAUUGUACAAACUGGCCCAUAUGGGCAUUAGCAAUACAAUUAAAAUAUUUCGUUCAAAAUGAUUUUUUAAAAAGCAAUGGCGACCUUGGCGACACUGAGGGGAUAUUUACUUAGACUUCAAGUGAGUGAAAUUUCCAGCAGAUGUGGUUUGCAUACAGUUUCUCCAUUAUAUUUCCAUACAACAAGCCAAGCACAGAAGGUGAAGACCAGUCUCAGUCCACAGUUGAUACAGAGAAAGAAGAAAAAGCUUGACAGGGCUUUAGUAAAGCAUGAGAGACGAAGUGAGCGUAUCCUUAAGCCCAUUGACGAGAAUGAAGUUUCUGUUCCUUUGAAAAGAGAUGUCCGAGCGGGAACUAGACAGCGUGAGAAAAUGGUUUAUACAUCUGAAGAGCUUGAGUCUCAGGUUUUACUUGAAAAGGAUUGGUCACGGUACAAGAUGAAACAACAUCAGGCUGAGCAGAGUGCAUGUGCUAGAAUGAGAGCCGCUCAAGAAAAGGCUCUAGAAAAACUAAAAGAAGAGUCUGAGGAACUGUAUCAAGCAGCAAUAAGGUGUGAUGAAUCGCUGUUCCCAUAUACGUUUAAAGGCCCUGUGAAUACACCACCUAAGCUAGGCUAUUAUGCAGCAGAUGGAAAUUAUAUAGACAAAACAAACUAUUUUGAAGAUGACUCUGGCUUGUUUGAUGACAUUGACAUUAUUGAAAAGAGGAAGAGAGUCCGAUGAUAAUUAUAAGUUUAUUGUGCAGAACUCUGGAGCCAGAUAUUCAUAAUUUUGGUGAGAAAAACAAAAGUUUGAGAUUCAGCAGAAUAUAAAAUGCAGAUACCAAGUUUCACGAAUGCUCAGUGCCAGUAUUUAAACUGUUCACUUACUUGGGAUACAGACAAAUCCUGAUUACCAAUGGUAGGACUGAUCAGUAUGCUUUAAUGACAUUAAACAAUUUGUUAUGCCUAUUGCUUUGCAACAUAACAUGUCUUGGCAGAAAUAUACACAUGUAUAAAAAAUAGAUUGUAUUGGAAUAACUGAGGUAUUUGUUUUUGAAAUAAAUGCACUUGUGGCUAUAUUUCAGUGUUUUUAUGUAACCUAAGACAAAGAAGAAGUAACAGUUUACAUAACUGUUUGUCUGCUAGCGGCAUGUGAUUCUGCCUUUGUGACCAGUGCAGACUGAUCAUGGUGUACACUGUUAGCUGUUCAGUCAGUAAAUUUUCAGGCAACACCCCUUCAAACUGAAUGAUAGACCAGUCCAUUAUUUUUAAGAAAUUUUAGAAGGUGAAGGAUAAAAACCCAAGUUGCUUUAUCAGGCUCAGCCAAAGGAGAUAUGCUGAAUUAUGUUGCCUACAUGGUUAUACUGCUGCUACUAAGAUUAGUUGUCAUAGCAUAACAAGCAUGUACUCGAAAAUAAAAAACUGUAACUCUA